AUGUGCAUAAUUGGAAUUGAGGAAAAAGUCUGUCCAAACCCAAAUGAGGGAAACUAUUGCCGCCACUGCUCCUCCUUCUCCGCGUUGCACACCCCACACACUCCGACGGACACCAGCCAAUCUGACAUUUCCAACGAUGCCUAUGGUGGUGGUAGAGGCGGCGGCGGUGGCGGCAAUGUACCUGUUCGCCUUCUUCGAAAGCUGAUGAUAAAAUGUAACUCUGUCUGUUGCUUUCGCAUAAAGAAAUAA